AUGACUGCUCUUCCGGAGAAGUACAAGUCACUCGGACAUUAUCUGAAGCUGUCUAAUGAACAUAUCCAACGCGAUCCCGCUGUUUAUUAUUGGAGUUUAUUCUACCUGGUGCAGUCUGCAAUGCAAAUUGAUCGAAAACUGCCGGAAUGCAUUCAAUUCCUUAGCGAAAAAAUGAAGUUGUUGGAAAAUCUCAAGGUUCAGCUGAAGAACAACGAAACUGUGCUGAACGAAGUUGUCGCCCAGGCGCACAUCGAACAGUACGCUUUAAAGCUUUUCAUGUUCGCUGACAAUGAAGACCGCGCAUCGCGCUUCAACAAGAACACCAUCAAGGCGUUCUACACCGCUGGCCAUUUGUUCGACAUCUUGACGUUGUUUGGCGAACUGGAUGACAAGUUGAACGAAACGCGGAAAUAUGCGAAAUGGAAAGCUGGUUAUCUGUUUACAUGCUUGAAGACGGGCGAGACACCUGUACCGGGGCCUCCAACAUCAGAAAGCAACGAAACUGGAGUCGGAACGGAGAAAUUGGUUCAAGCACAAAAGCAUUGCAAAUAUGCUAUCAGUGCAAUGGAAUAUGAGGAUAUUCCCACUGCGAUAAGCAACCUCGAAAAUGCAUUGCUAAUUUUGAAAACGCACACAUGAGC